AAAAAGAAGAAAAAGAAAAGGAGAUGAAGGCCUCACUGCCAGAUGCUGAACGUAAAAGGCUAGAACAGAUGGUAGCACAACAGAAGUUGGACGAUGUACCAGAGGAUGUUCGGGAAGCAAUAAGACAGAUGGACGCUGCAGAAAAUGCACAAAUCAAUAAAGAGCAAGAAGAGAAGCAGCUACCUCCUGAGGUCGUAGACUGGGAGGAGAGCAAAGUAUACAAUUUUAUGGACCAGGACACCAAGAGGAGAGUCCAGAAAUACUGGCAAAAUGCACCAUCAGGAGUAUACUUCUGGGAUGGAAGACAGUAUGGAGCACAGGUUUCAAGACAGGAUUUAAAAGACAUGAUCAUGGACGAACCGAUAGCAAGCAAUUGCAUCGAAUGUUAUGGAAUUCUCUUGACUGAUCAGCUGUUGGAGAAAGAAUCACAAGACUUGGAUGUCCCAACUUUUAUGAAUCCCUUAUGCUGGAAUUCUGCAGAAAAUUUGACGGUGUAUUAUGUACAUCUGUACCUCUGCGAACCACUGUUCCAGAAUCUGGCAAGAUCCAACUAUAUAUUCUUCCCAAUCUCACAUGAAUCAGGAUUUCAUCAUACACUGCUCAUUUUUGACAAGGAAUUAAAUGAAUGGUACCACUGUGAUUCAAAAAGACCGAAAAAACCAUCAACUGGAAAAUCCUUUCAAAAUGUCCAAAAAAUGGUUGACAUGGUCGAACUUUGGAUGACAGCAGUAAAACAACAAGCAGAUGACAUGCUGGAACAGGGAUGCAGAAUGAAAUUUGAUGAAAAGAACAGUUCAGAAGAAGAACUGAAAAUGAUAGAAGUUCCAUUGACUGAAACCGAGAGAGAAAGCAUAAAGUGGAUCAAGGAUAACUAUAAACAAAAAAUGGCAGUGACAGAACUCAAAGACAACCCUCAGCAAGGAAAAGAUUCAUUGGAUUGCGGACUUUUUGUAAUGUACACAAUGGAGAUAAUUUCGAAAAAAGGGAAAGUUCCAAAGAAGCUCGCAAAGGAUGAUAUUUUGAAUUUUAGAGCUCAUGUUGUAAAGUCAUUUGCAGAAAAAAACAAAAAUAACUUGACUGAAGGGACUUUAGAGCUGCUGCAGAAAACACCCUUUGCAACGCUGAUAGAUGCAUUCCAUGGAGGUUCAAUUAAAGAAAAGGAUGCAAAGAAAUCGGAUGAUUUAAUCACACUUCUGCUACAAGCAUACAACAGCGACACAGACCUUUUUGUGUUUGGGAACAGGAAAUUCAGAAUGUCAACAAGUGAUAUAUCUAUGAUUUUAGGAGUGCCGGGAUCCGGGUUAUCAGUACCAAAGACCAAAGAAGGGGCAUACAGAUCUGAGUUCGUGACUAUAUACUUUGACAAAAAGCAGAGGAUCAACAAGGCGGCUGCAGAGGAAGCUUUGAAGAAGGCAUUGGCAGAAGCUCCAGAAACAGGGGAUGAAAAAACGAAACGGGACAGAAAUGUUGCCGUAUUAGUACUCUUGAACCUUUUCAUCAAACUCCUGUUCCCAAACUCUGGAGGAACAAUAUCUUGGGACUAUAUAAGAGUCUGUGAAGAGGUGGAAAGUCUGGGAAAAUAUAGCUGGGCAAAGGAAGUUGGCGACUUCCUUAAAAAAUCAAUUAAACGAAAGGCAAAAGAAUCCCAAAACAUGGCAGGUUGCGUGAUAUUGGUGAUGGUCACUGGACAGGUAACUGGCCAGGUCACUGUUAAUGUUACUGUCAAGUUUAUGUCACUGACAAUGUCACUGUUUAUGUAUUUGCAUAUGUCAUUGGUUAUUAUUGGUUUUGCCACAAGACGGGAGUAG